AUGGAGAAAUUCGGCGGUGGGAAUUCAAACACAAUCGUGAAAGGGAUCAACAGUUUGUUUAACGAGUCUGGUCCUUAUCAAAUGUCCCCAGAAGAUUACGAAGGGAAGUUGGUAAGCUCUACAGCUGACGGCGCAAGUGUGAAUACCGGCAAAUACAAUGGCGUGCUUACCCAACUCAAGCGAAACCGUCCAUGGCUUUUAACCAUACAUUGUGCAAACCACAGGAUAGAAUUGGCAGUAAAAUCGGCCUUCGACAUUCCCGAAUUCACAGCUGUUGAAGAGUUCUACAAGACGAACUAUUACUUGCUGAAAAACUCUGGAAAGUUGAAAAGUCUACUGAAGGAGUGUGCUGCAUCCCUGGGAAUCCACUACUACGAGCUGCCCAAAAUUCACGGCACACGCUUUGUGAAUCAUCGACGCAGAGGGUUUAAGAACUUGCUCAACACGUGGCCGGUAUAUACAACCACUUAUGAGGAUGCUGUGGCAAACACCGGGGAGUUUACCCCAACUACGCGUGCCAAGAUAAGCGGUCUCCUGAAAAAGUUCAAGUCCUAUUCCUUCCUCUGCAUUCUUGAUGUGUAUCUCGAUCUGCUUGAACAGAUCGCCCCCACUUCCCUUGUGUUUGAAGCGGAAAGUCUUAUGCCAUACGAAGUGCCUGUGGCUGUUUCAAGAGCUGUUAUGCAACUUAACGAGACGAAAUCGGGACGGAGGACGAGUUCUUAG